CACGUGACCGCUGUGAUCGUAAACACGGAAGUGAAGCAGCAGAGUCGGCGUUUCCUAGUCAGCGGUAGGUUUAACGUCUCAGCGCUGCGGUUCGUCGCUGCUCCGGUGUGUGAGUCGGUGUGUGAGCCUCCGGGAUGGACAGGUGUGUAACGCUGACGGUGGUCGUGCUCGUCGCUGCGGUUUUAUCUCCGGCGGACUGCAGCUCGUUCCGGAGAGUCAACAAAGCUCAGAUUUUGGGUUUCGACUGGAAGAACUGCGGGCAGCCGGAUGCUCCAGCUGUCCUGAAGAGUUUGAACUUGUCUCCGGACCCGAUCGCCAUCCCAGGAGACCUGACGGCCUCCGCAUCUGGAUCCACAUCUGUAGAACUCGCCGCUCCUCUGGCUGUGAAUGUGACUAUGGAGAAGGAGGUGGCCGGUUUCUGGGUGAAGAUCCCCUGUGUGGAGGAGCUGGGCAGCUGCCACUAUCAGGACGGCUGUGAUAUUCUCAACCAGCUGAUCCCACCUGGUCAGGACUGUCCUGAACCGCUGCACACCUACGGCCUGCCCUGCCGCUGCCCCUUCAAAGCUGGCUCGUACUCGCUGCCUCAGUCGGACUUCUACCUGCCCCAGGUGGAGCUGCCCUACUGGCUGACUAACGGGAACUACCGGGUUCAGGGAGUCCUGGGCAGCGGCGGCAAAGAGAUCGGCUGCCUCAAAGUGGCGCUCUCCAUUCACUCCGACUGAGCCAACAGCUAAAGAAAUCAACAGAGAUGAAAGGUUUUUGUUGGUUUGCACACAAAGCUGAUCUACGUUUGGGGAAAUUGAUGCAAACGUUGCACAGAGCAGUUUACUAUUUCAGUAUUUCAUCUCACUUUUAAGCAGUUUUUCACCUCACUGGGAGAGAGAUUUUGGGGGAAAAUAACAAAAGAUAGCAAACGUGUUCAAUACAGGGUAUUAGGAUCACUUCUGUCUUCUCCAGUAUUAGAAAAAAUGCAAUUUUUCUGAUUAGAACCCAUCAAAGCUGCAGUUUUCAGUUCUUAUGCACCGUGACUGCUUUGUUUUGCCAAACAAGUCGUCACCGCUAAAGCGAGCGUUAAAAUAAUGAGGGAGAAAGAUGUUUCGGAGCUGAAAUGUCCUUUUGUAAAAGACUAAAUUGUUGCACCUUUGUUUUGUUCUGUUCUAACAGAAAAUCUGAGGAAAAAAAUUUCCUUUUUCUCACAAAAUCUCACAUUUCUGUGAAAAAAAAGGCCAAAUUUCCAAGUUUUCUUCAUGAAUCAAAGUGUCAAGUUAUGCAGGUUUUCCGUUUAGUUUAUUCCCACGAUAUGUUGCAUCUCUUACACAAACUUGAGUUUUCAUGAGUGGAUAUUUCAUGUGGGGAAAUAAAUCUACAAGCAGCUAAAGCACAGAGGAGUCAGAUCUCAUCACCACAGCACGUUGCUUCAUCUUUAGCUCUAGUUUCUACAAAUUUACUGCGAAUCCUCAACGAAACUGAACUGAUAUUAACAAAACUGAAACAUCUAGAGAGAGAUUUCUGUUAAAACAACAUUUCUGUGUUUUCUUUUUGCUCUUAAAGUGACAUAAUUUCGCCCACAGAAGCAUCACUGAAAGAUUACCGAGACAUUUUAGUUUUUAUUUUGUACUUUUCCGAAUCUUGAGGACUGAGAGACGUUUUCUUCGCAGCUCCAAAUCGUUGACAAAUCGAUUGCAUCCGUUUUUUUUUUAUUGUUUCUUCUUUUACGAGAGCCAGUUUUAUUAUCACAAAAAUUGAAACUAUGGAGGCCUUAUCUUAGAAUUGGGAAAUUAACUUGCUUUUUUAAAAAAAGAAGUAGAUGUAAACAUGACAGAGGUGCAUUUUAAUUUUUCUGUUCUUUCACAGCAAUAUGAUGAAAUAAAUAUCCUCUGAAACUGCAAUAAACUUAUCUUUGUAUUGGAAUUUAAGGCUUAUUUUGCUGCAGCAACAGUAAAAUUUGAUAAAUUUUAGGUGGAGCUUUUGGCUUUUUAGACUGCUUUGUUGUUUUUUUCUUGCAGUUUCUUCAAAAGGCUGGACAGUUUUUACUUUUCUAAGUCAUUCAUUGUUAGUUUUCAAUACAUUUAGUGAUAAACAGCAAAAAAAAAAAAGUCACCGCAGAAUUCUGCAAAUUUACUGAUAAACAACGAGGCUAAACUCAAGGCUGAUGUGUUUUUAUUUGUGUGUUUUCAAUGCAAAGCUCCUGCAAACUGAAAAUUUAAAAGGUAUUAACAGUUCCAACAGUUUCGUCUUUGUACAUGAUGAAAAAAGCAGUUUAGCGUUAAAUAAUAAUAGUAAUAAUAAUGUUCGUCAUACAUUCUCUUGUUUGUUUUUAAAUCUACUGCUGUAAGAAAAAUGCUGUUUUAUGUUUUUAUCAUUGCAUGCGUCUUUUUUCACUGGGUAAAAGGUUUGUUGAUUUCAUUUUAUUAUAAGAACUGUUAGUAGCCUUCGUAUGAGAAAAUAAUUAGAAUUUUAUUUCAUCAUUUUGUUUUGUUUAUUGUUGCUAAGUGCCUGAUUGUUACUUUAGGAGCAACAAUGAAAAUUCUUGAUGAAACUUCAGGUAACGAUUGAAAAAUAGUUUGUUUUUUUACCAUGAUGAUGAUCACUGUCAUGCUUCACACUGUGUUCCAUUUUUAAUAAACUUUGUGCCAUUA